UCAGUCGAACGCGGGGCCCUUUUCGUGCCCUCCCCUCUGUCCCGUGGCCUAGUCAAAAAACAACCCAAAGCAAGCUAAAAAUGACGGCAAAACAAUCUACUCGGUAACGCACGCUUUCCGUACGUAGGGGUACGACGUUUUCGCAACCGCAAUCCGGUCGAUAAAGCGCACCUCACGUACGACAAAGAGAGCAAGUGAUUGGAGUUGCAGAGCCAUAGCACCAUCGUUCCAAUCCUGGCACAAGUCGCAUCGCACUGGAGAGAAUAAUGGCUCAAAAGGAAUCGGCACAUACCACCGGCAGCGUCGAUGGCGACGGCGACAGUGGCCCGACGGCUAGCAGUACCAGCACGAAAAAGUCUCUGUACACCCAACGAAUGCUGUCGGCGUUCGAUAUGCAAAGCUUCGUAAAGCAGGCGAAUCGUUUCAGUGCUGCUGCGACGUCGGCCACUUCCAGCGAGGAUGAGCAACACCAGUACUCCGGCUCGUCGGACGAGUCGGAAGAGUUUGGCAGCAAGUUCUUCCACCAGGCGGCGGCUCGUUCCUAUCGUGAACGUAUGUUCGACUUCAGCACGGUUGGACCCGAACGCAUGUGGUUGAAAAAUUUGCUGCUCUCCGAAACGGAAACCGAAAGCGAAAUAUCGGACGUGGACGAAUACAUUCACGAAAUGCUCAAGAAUCAUCUGCGCGAGAAGAAAAUUCGGGAAAAGUACAACGAUUCGUCGCAAAACUCGCAGUACGGCUAUUACUCCGCUGGUUUGUUAUCGGAUAAUGAUCUCUUCCCCGACCAUCGUCGCACCAUAGCGGGAAAGCGAAAGUGUAAGAUCGAUCAUGGCACCGGUAAGACGAAGGGCGUUAGGAAAAAGCUGAAACACUCCAAGAAGCGCAGUGGCGUCGAGGGAAGCAGCUACCCCGCCGAAGGCUCCUCCAUGCGAAGCUCCAUGUUCGGGGACAAGAAGAACAAGAAGCUUCUACAUCUAAAGCGUGGCCGACCACCAGCAGCUAGGUCUUCGGACGGUAGUACCGUGGAGCAUACGGGCGAUCACGACAGCUCGUCCACUGCGGGCGGCAAGCGGGGACGCAAGAUGCGCCUGAAAACGCCGGAAGUGAUGAACAUUCGACGGCGCAAGAUGUGGCAACUGAUGGCCAAGAAAGAGGUUGGCAAACUGCAACGGGCAAAGGCAAACAAUCACAAGGACACGAUCACCAACUGCCGACGGGUGGCAGCGCUGUGCAUGCGUGUCGCGCGCCAGAAAGCCAUGCAAUCGCAAAAGCUGAUGAAGGACACGGUCUGGCGGGCGAAGCGGUUGACACGCGAGAUGCAGGUGUACUGGAAGCGGUACGAUAAGGUCGAGCGCGAAACCAAACGCCGCAUGGAGCGGGAGGCAGAGGAGCAGCGCAAGAUGGACGUGGAAAUUGUGGAAGCCAAGCGGCAACAGCGCAAGCUCAACUUUCUCAUCACGCAAACCGAACUGUACGCUCACUUCAUGUCGCGCAAGCUGGGCAACGUGUCGGCGGAAGAGCAGCUUAAGAUUCUUUCCCAGUUGGACGAGGAAAGCAAUCCGCGGCUGGCUGCGAUCGACAAUUACGACUGCGAGCGGAUGAAGCAGCUGGCGCAAAAGAACGCAACCGAAGCGUUCCGCAGCGAGCGUGCGCGAACGAACCAGUUCGAUGUCCUCCAGCACGCAGAGCCGGCGUCCACGUCGAAGGACUCCCCGGUGCCGAUGGAACAGCCGAACUUGCCGAGUACAACGGAUGAAAUGCCGGUUGCCAUCAAAACCGAACCGAACGCUGGUAUCGCGGAACUGCCGCAGCCUUCAAUGUUCCAGGGCCAUCUUAAAGGCUACCAGCUGAAAGGCGUAGCCUGGCUGGCGAACCUAUACGAUCAGGGCAUUAGCGGCAUACUGGCGGACGAGAUGGGACUCGGUAAGACGGUCCAAUCGAUUGCCUUUCUGUGCCACAUCGCGGAACACUACGGCGUUUGGGGACCCUUUCUGGUCAUUUCACCAGCAUCCACACUGCACAACUGGCAGCAGGAGAUGGAGCGGUUCGUACCGGACUUCAACGUGGUACCGUACUGGGGAUCGCCGAACGAGCGGAAGAUUCUGCGCCAGUUCUGGGAGCAGAAGCAUCUGCACACGAAGGAUGCUAGCUUUCACGUGGUGAUAACCAGCUAUCAGCUGGUGGUGACCGACUACAAGUACUUCAACCGCAUCAAGUGGCAGUAUAUGGUGCUGGACGAGGCGCAAGCGAUCAAAAGCUCAAGCUCGAUGCGCUGGAAGCUGCUGCUCGGGUUCAACUGUCGCAAUCGGCUACUGCUGAGCGGAACGCCCAUACAGAACAGUAUGGCGGAGCUGUGGGCACUGCUGCACUUCAUCAUGCCGACGCUGUUCGAUUCGCACGAGGAGUUUAAUGAGUGGUUUUCGAAGGAUAUCGAAAGCCAUGCAGAGAAUAAAACCGGUAUAGAUGAGAAGCAAAUAUCACGACUGCACAUGAUCCUGAAACCGUUCAUGCUGCGGCGAAUCAAGAAGGACGUCGAAAAUGAACUGUCCGACAAGAUUGAGAUCAUGGUGUACUGUCCCCUGACCACUCGCCAGAAGCUUCUGUACGUUGCACUGAAAAAGGAGAUCUGUAUCGAGGAUCUGCUGCAUCUCACGACGGUGGGCGGCGGCAACAGCAGCAGCAGUGACGGACAGUCCAUAGACCGCAACUUCACCUCGAAUCUGAUGAACCUCGUGAUGCAGUUUCGCAAAGUGUGCAACCAUCCGGAGCUGUUUGAGCGCCGGGACGUUCGCAGUCCCUUCUGCAUGAAGUGGAACUACGAGCUGGCCGAGCGUCCCAUUUUUCGAAGGCAACUUUUAAUGGACUACACCAUACCGAGCAAGCGGCACUGGCUACACAAUCGAUUUUAUAUAUUCAAAGCAUUGCAAGUACAAAGCCGGCUAAUGAUGGAUGAGGGCGGACGCAACGUACCUGAGGAUAAGAGCCGAUCGGGCCUGUCCAAAGCAAUCCAUUACGAUGACUGGUGCGCACCGUUCAGCUGUGCUCGGCUGGCUGGAGGAUUGUCUCCAGUGCACGUGGAACAGAUUGCACGUCGAAAUGUGUUCUGGUUUUCGUAUCAUUUGAUUCAGGAGUGGAUGAAUUGGAUAUCCGUUCUACACUUUCAAUGGGUGUGGAGAGAUAGACAAAGCGACAGGUGGACGGAUCCCCGUUACUUGCUGCUGGAACCAACGGCGGAACGGUGGACAACGCGCUGCUUUCCAUGGAAAACUAUGGAUCGGCUGUUGUUCACCCAUGGCAGCCACACAUCAUCCAUUCCGGUGUACACUCACCGCGAUCAUGUACUGCACUUCAUGUCGGAAACACUAGACCAUCGCAUUAUGCGUAGCCGCAAGCAACAAAUUCCGGGCCAACCGUUAAGCCUGCUACCUGAAAUCCCGUAUGUUCCCACGCGAAAGCGUUCGCCUACCGUACUGACCGAUGAACCAACCACGAUGCCGAAGUUUCUCUGCCGCCACUACACCAAAGUACUCAACACAUCCGGCUGCACUGGUACGGCCUUGCGCAGAAUGUACGGCAAUCGUUCGUCCCAUGCCGCCUGUCGGUGGAGUUGCAAAGAUAAUGCAUUGGCAGCGGAAAGACGGCUUAACGAGCAUGUGCAUGCGUCUUAUCCACCGCACGGAUGGUCCAACAUUAUCAUACCGGACAAGCAAACGCUUGUAUCCGAUGCAGGCAAGCUGGCUGUACUGGAUUCGCUGCUAGCGCGUCUUAAAGAGCAAGGACAUCGUGUGCUGAUAUACUCGCAGAUGACGAAAAUGAUUGAUUUGUUAGAGGAAUACAUGUGGCAUAGGAAGCAUCGAUACAUGCGGUUAGAUGGUUCAAGCAAAAUUUCCGAGCGUCGCGAUAUGGUGGCCGAUUUCCAAAACCGCGCAGACAUUUUUGUCUUUCUUCUUUCGACGCGUGCCGGUGGAUUGGGUAUCAAUUUAACUGCGGCAGAUACUGUGAUUUUCUAUGACUCCGAUUGGAAUCCGACGGUGGAUCAGCAAGCUAUGGACCGAGCUCAUCGGUUGGGCCAAACAAAGCAGGUCACCGUGUACCGACUCAUUUGCAAAGGCACGAUCGAGGAAAGAAUAUUGCAGCGUGCGCGUGAAAAAAGUGAAAUUCAACGAAUGGUCAUCAACGGAGAUAAUUUUAAACCAGAUACACUCAAACCAAAAGAAGUUGUUUCACUGCUGCUUGAUGAUGAAGAAAUUGAGCUGAAGUAUCGCCAAAAGACGGAAGAGCGUCGUUUAAUGGAAGAUCCAGUGGCGAAAUCAGCAAAAGAUCGUAAGCAAAAGCAAACGACUGGAAAGGAAACGCAAGGCAAAGAUCGCAAGCGAGCUUCAGAACUGGGAACUGGUUCGUCGUUUGACGAGACUGGUGGUUUCGGUGAUUCCGCUGCCCCAAGUCCGGCGCAAAGCGAACGAUCAAACCUGAGUGACAACACCAGCAAACCGUUGGAUGCGCUAGACGAUUCAAGCAAUGAAGCAUCUACGAUGUCGUUUGACACGAUACGGGAACGGGACAGUAAAACACGACCGGUCACACGUGGCGGUAGUAAACGCGGAAGGCCUCGCGGUUCUAGGCGUGGCGGCGCUGCCGGUUCUGGAAGUUCCAGACCUAUAGCAACGGAACAACCAACUGCACCAGAUGCAGAAACAAGCGCAUCGGGCACAGUACCGGCUGUUCCAUUAGCUGCCCCUGUUGCUACCGUUGCGCAGGUGAGGCGUGGCCCAGGCCGACCCCGGUUAAAAACAAACGGACCCAGCAAUCAGGGAACUCGUGGAUCUCACGCACGACAGACCAUUCGGAUACGAAAACCAAUUGGUCCACUUGUAGUACCGCUCGGUAGUCAGUCGGCGAAUGCAAGUGCAGGGAAACGCUUAGUACCGUCCUCUCCACUGUCGUCCAGCACCUCAAGACCGACUACACCGUCCAGUGCAUCCCAAACUGUUUCAAGCUCAUCACAGUCAUUGUAUAACUCACCCGCCUCAUCUAUAAGCACAACGUUAAAACCAUCGGCACAAACCAGUGCCGCUGGCUCAACCAGAGAUACAUCCCAACACGUUCCUUCCGUUGGCAAUCGACCAACGCAUCGACAAACGACACAACCGAUGGAUAACGAUAGUGAACGUAAUGAGUGUUAUGUGCGUGUGCGCUCACGAACCGACUCUCUCUCGCUCAUCUAUGCUCGCGGAGCGCUGGUCGGUUGGACCGCGAUAAGGGACGCGUUAUCCUUGGCAUAUGCUUAUCACCAACACGUGCGAACACGCCACAACGAGGGAGCAAUUUUAUCAUCCUGUAUUCCAAUAGUAAUAGCUACAAUAACAGCAAGAACAAUGGUAGUGUUUGGAAGGACAGCACUAAAGAUGACCAACCUAAUGUGUCUCAUCGGCACAAUUGUAGUAAUUUGCUUGAUAGAGUUGAUCGCCGCGCGCGAUAUGUACGAUCACUACGAACACAGCAUGCGGCGCGGUCACCGGGGGCUUCAUCAACAGCAUCAGCACCAGCAACACGAAGAGCAACAGCAGCAGCAGCAGCAGCAGCAGCAAGAGCAGCACCAUCAGUACAACAUUAACCAUAACAGCAAGCACAAUGGCAAUAGCAACUACCACCAGGCCUACUGUGGGAGGCAGGUGAGAUUUUACGAAAAAUCGCACCACUCCAAACACGCCGGCCAUCAUCAGCCGCGCGUGGAAACGAUCGCGAUGAAACACAAGCGCCACUACGCCAGCCAACAUCAGCGCACUAACGCGUCCCUCGGUGGGCUGCAGCACUAUAUGCCCGGAUCCUCGUCCUGGCCCGACGGUACACCCGAGGAGCACGAACAAACGCUUCUGAUGCUGCAGGACGACCAGGACGGGGACCAGCAGCAACACGAUGGUAGUGCCGCACCAGGGCUGAAGCAGCCCAAACACCACGGCCCGGUGCCGGUGUGGCCCGUCAAGCGGGAAGCGGUGGUCGAGGGCGACCUCAUCCUCGGCGGCCUCAUGAUGGUGCACUCGCGCGAAGAUUCCGUCACGUGCGGCCCGAUCAUGCCGCAGGGUGGCAUACAGGCGCUGGAAACGAUGCUCUACACGCUGGACAAGAUCAACGAGCAGGGCCUGGUGCCGAACGUGACGAUCGGGGCCCACAUUCUGGACGACUGCGACAAGGACACGUACGGGCUGGAGAUGGCGGUCGACUUUAUCAAGGGCUCGAUCAGCAAUAUCGACGACAUCAACGACUACGACAACUGCAGCAAGGGGCACAAGAAGAAAAUCAUUUCCGGCGUGGUUGGGGCCGCUUCGUCCGUGACUUCGAUACAGGUAGCGAAUUUGCUACGAUUAUUUAAAAUACCUCAGGUUUCCUUUUUUUCUACAAGUCCAGAGCUGAGCAAUAAACAACGAUUCGAAUAUUUUUCGCGAACUAUACCGUCGGAUCAUUAUCAGGUGAAGGCAAUAGUGGACAUCGUCCAGAAGCUGGGCUGGAGCUACAUUUCCAUUAUUUACGAAGAGAGCAACUACGGUAUAAAGGCAUUCGAAGAAUUAGACGAUUUGCUAUCUAAGCAUAACAUUUGCAUAGCUGUUAAGGAGAAACUAGUAAAAGAUUCUGGCGUUGCUGAUACGAUAGCGUAUGAUAACAUAGUACUUAAGCUGUUAACUAAGCCACGUGCUAAAGGUGUUAUUAUAUUUGGAUCAGACCAAGAGGUGGCCGAAGUGAUGAAGGCAGUCCGGCGGCAAAAUGUUACAGGGGUAUUUUCGUGGAUCGGCUCGGACGGAUGGAGCGCGCGCAAUCUGGUGUCGGACGGCAACGAGGCCGAGGUGGAGGGUACACUGUCCGUACAGCCGCAAGCCAAUCCAGUGAUCGGGUUUGAAGACUAUUUUCUCAAUCUGACCGUUAUUAAUAAUAAGCGCAAUCCUUGGUUUGUAGAAUUCUGGGAAAAUAAUUUUCAAUGUAAAUAUCCCAACUCACCGUACACGCCGUACAAUAAGGACUACAAGAAGGUGUGCUCGACCACGGAGAAGCUUUUGAAGCGGGAUCUUGACUUUGAAGAUCAGCUGCAGUUUGUGAGCGACGCCGUGAUGGCGUUUGGAUACGCGUUCAAAAACAUGCAUCAAGAGCUAUGCGGCGGCAAACCGGGUCUAUGUGAUGCGAUGAAUCCUACCAAGGGUUCGGAGCUGCUGAAAUAUCUUCGCAAGGCGGAUUUUAUCGGUCUCAGCGGCGAUAGGUUCAAUUUCGAUGUCAACGGCGACGGUCCGGCUCGAUACAACAUUAUCCAUUUCAAGCAGGUAGCGCCGGAGAGGUACACGUGGAUAAAGGUCGGCGAGUACUAUCAGGGUGAGCUGCGGUUGAAUAUGCAAGAUAUUCAGUUCCGCACGAAAGAUUCCAUGCCACCGGAGUCGGUUUGCAGCAGACCGUGUGAGCGGGGCCAAGCCAAAAAGUAUGUCGAAGGUGAGGGAUGUUGCUGGCAUUGCUUCAAUUGCACACAGUACCAGAUACGAAGUCCAAACGAUGAAACACACUGUGUCAACUGUCCAAGGGGAACGCUACCAGACGUUUACCACGAGGAGUGCCAACAGAUUCCCGAAUCGUACCUACGGCCGGAAUCAUUCCUAGCAAUUGGUGCAAUGACGUUCAGCUCAUUUGGCAUACUGAUUACCUUCUUCGUUAUCGGUGUAUUUUUGAAACACAACGAUACACCCAUCGUUAGAGCAUCCGGCCGAGAGUUAAGCUACGUGUUGCUUAGUGGCAUAUUGCUCUGCUUCGGUGUGACCUACACGCUAGUUAUAAAACCGAACGAUAUAGUUUGUGGGGUCCAAAGAUUUUGGUCCGGCUUCUCGUUCACCGUUGUCUACGCAGCGCUACUCACCAAAACGAAUCGCAUCGCGCGCAUCUUCAAUGCGAGCACCAAAUCAGCAAAACGUCCGUCUUUCAUAAGCCCGCACUCUCAGCUAGUCAUAUGCGGAAUACUGGUUUCCUUCCAGAUUUUAAUCAAUGCAGUAUGGAUGAUCGUGUCCCCUGCACACGCCAUGCACUACUAUCCCACACGGGAGGAUAAUCUGUUGGUUUGCAACUCCUACACCGAUGCAUCCUAUAUGAUUGCAUUCUUUUAUCCUAUCUUUCUGAUCGUCAUCUGCACCGUAUACGCCGUGCUGACACGGAAGACACCCGAAGCUUUUAAUGAGUCUAAGUAUAUUGGUUUUACAAUGUAUACCACUUGCGUUAUAUGGCUUGCAUUUAUACCACUGUACUUCGGCACGGCCAAUAAUGUUCAGCUUAGAAUAUUUACAAUGUCCAUGACAAUUAGCCUGUCGGCAACAGUGACGUUAGUAUGCUUAUUCUCACCAAAGCUUUACAUCAUAUUGAUUCGUCCGGAGCGAAACAUACGACAAAGUAUGAUGCCCAUCCGAUAUAGCACAAUAAACAAAACGACCGGUUCGGCACAGUCGUCGGUGAUGGCGGCGGUCAUAGUAACCGCGGCCACGUGCAACGAGAACGAGAAGGUCAUCAAGAAUGCAUCCAACGAAAACAUACCGGCCGCGUACUGAUACACAAAAAAGGUGAAGCUUAAGGGAGGUGCAGGGCAACGCUUCAAAACCAAAACGACACAACAGAGCAACAACAGCUAAAAACUCAUCAUGAGCUCCUAUGGUGGCCGCUAUUAUUGAAAGUUAGUUUUUAACGACCAAUUACAUAAAUUGUGCGACGAGGCAGAGGGAGAAACAGAGAUAGUUGGUUUAAUUUUCUAGCCAUGUUUGGAACUCAGUUCGCAUUGCGUGUUAAAUGAGAGAACAUUUACGGACGAUUCGGAGGAAAUAACAGAGAGAAAUAAUGAAAAAAAUAUAAAUAUAUAGUAUCCGUUCAAAA